CACAAAUCACACCAAAGGAAAACUACUCUCUAUAUUUAACCCAUUCACUCAGUGAAGCAGUGGCCAGCCACCAAUCCAGCGCCCGGGGGAGCAGUGUGCAGGGCGGUACCUUGCUCAGGGUUACCUCAGGGUAGCCAUUCGGUAGAUUUGAAUCCCCGACCUUCCCAUCAUGGGGCAAAUGCUCUACCUAACGAGCUAUCGCCUUCCCCUCAUUAUUUGCCCACUGGCCUCCUUAUAAGAGAGUGGAACAAGGAAGUCAGGAGCCAGUUGAAGCAACUGGAAGCAGACUGAAGAUGCAUAACUGCUGCGAAGUGUUGCUGCUGGUGAUCCUGCUAGUUCUACCCUCAGCCAGUCCUCAUGACACUGAGAACACUACACAGCAGAAAGAUGAUUCCAGGGGCAUCCCUCCAAUUGCAGUGAACAGACCGAUGGUAACAAAUCUGCCACUUCUAAGUGAUGCUAAGUUAAAACAGAAGAGGCGAGUUCAGUAUUCUCCAUUUGUCCCUAUCAAUGGCACUAACUUGAUGUGGGUGACCUGGAACAACUCUCUUCCUAAUCAUGCCGUCUCGAUUUACAAUGACUAUACUAAUCGAGUUGAUUAUAUCUGUAAGUACAAGUGUGAUGCUGGUUUUUAUACGCCCAGCAAGGGUCCUUAUUGCUACUAUCCUAGUGCAAUAGAAAACAGAGGUUUUCCAUUUGAAACAUUGGUUAACAAAGACAACUUUGAGAUCCUGGAGUGGAAGGCUGCUAAGGACGGUUCAGUACCGAAGAAUUCAGUCUGGACCUGCUCAGGGAAGCAAAUAUAUGUGGGCAAGAACCAUUAUGGACUGGGGAAGGUGUCCACUAAAGAUACGGUUUUCUACUUGCCUUAUGACAAAGAAGAACAUUGGUACUACAAGUAUGAGGUCCUGACCAUCAGUGGAAAUGUAAUCAGCCAACUGCUCUAUAAUGUCAGAUACAACAAGGAUCAUUCUGAAAUCUUCAAAUUUCCUCCUGAGGUCAUGCAUCAAGCAACCAUGAGCAACUAUGAAUGUCACCCAGUAGUGAAAACAGAGACACUCUCAAAGACAUAUCAGGUGCAGCAAAGGUGGGACUUCACCUUUUCUUUCAAGCUUGGUGGUAAAAUAAGCAUUGAGGCUGGCAUCCCAUCCAUUGUUAAAGGAACUCUUGAAGUCAGCACAGAGGUGCAGUUUCAGUUUACAACGGGAACCACUGUGACAGAGAGUAUGACUGACAGUGCCUCUGUGGAGCUUACCGUGCCACCAAACCACUCCUGUGAAUUUUCCACUGUUCGGCACAAAGAAAAGGUUGAUAUCCCAUUCACAGCACUACUGAGGCGUACUUACGAUGAUGGAGAGAUCCACACAACGUCAAUCACUGGGACAUAUGACAGCAUUCAGGUUGGAAAAAUCCAGACUGUGGUCAAUCGAUGUGAACUUCUAGUAAAUUUCAUGCCUUGUCCAGUCCAAUGCAAAUCCAGUGUGAUCUCUGAUGAUGUAAACCUUGUUUUUCUUCUCUUUACAUCAUUUUCCUGUUCAUACUGGAUUUGAAUCAGUUUGCUGUGACCUCUGCUAUUGUCCAUUGGCGUUGAAUUAGACUGAAAUCAAUUUUGAGACAUUGUACUAUUAUGAAAUAAAUACAGCAAUUAAUUUUUUUUACCAAAAGAUUAGAUUUAAUUUACAUUUUACCAACUUUUAUGCAAACCUUUCUAAUGACUGUAAAGACCUAUGAGCUUUAUCAUUCCUUCAUGUUGGCUUCACUUUUUAGACCUGGAAACGACAAUAUUGUUUUACCAUUUAUUGUAUGUUUAUGACAGGAAACACACUCUUGAU